CGAAAUUUUCUACUAUAAGAAAUGGACUCUUGAUUUGUAUGUGAAGAUACUGAUAUUCCCGAUGAGCUAGAAGACACAAAGACAGCCAAAGUUAGCACUAACAACAUAGUUUAUUAUGCUAAAGUUAAUAAAAAUGAUAUCUCCUGCAUUAAAGGAGGUAAAGGAGCAAUUAAAUAAACAUGAAAUGGACAUCUUUUUAAAAGCUCUCAGGGAGCGAGUCGAUGUUUGCAAUUCUAAAUCUGAUGAUUCACCCUUAAAUUUUGCCAGUGUAAGAAAUAAAAAGUACAACUUCCACGAGAAUAACGUAGCAGGAUCUGCCAAAUUUUUAAAACCCCCUUAUCAGUCUUCAGAAAACCCAAGGAAUUCCACUAGUAUGGACAAAAGGAGUAAAGUUAGUGCUUUUUCCAAAGCCUCAGAAGGCUACUUAAAUAAAGCCUCGGCCACCUCGCUGCUGCCAAGAUUGAAGAAGGCAAAUACAAAACAGAUCAAGUCAAGGAAAAAGGUGAAGAAGAAGCCUAGGAAGAUCCCCAAGAAAAGCCAGAAGUCAGUCUCUCCUAGCGGGGGAGACCGAGGAGCUAUUAAGGAAGAUGAAAAGAGUGCUGAAGAAGUGAAGGAAAAGUCGGUACCCCCUUGUUUAAUAUCAAAAAAACUUGGAACAAAAGCUUCAUCCACAAGGUUUGAAGGGUUAAGGAUCCGUCAACCAUCUAAUAAGAUACCUGGACAGAAAUUUAGAGAUCAGAUUACCCCAUAUUUCAAGAAGGAAGAGAGUGAUUCUUAG